GCCUGUUUCACUUCUGUUCCACCUUUAAAUAGAGUCCAACAGGUACUUACUGCCAAGUAAGUCACUACAUGACACUCGGAUUCUUCUGUUCUGUUUUUCCAACUUCCUUCCUUCUUGUCUGAGAUCACACCACACCCCCCCCACCCCCUUUCUUGAUAUAGCAACAUGCUAGUCUCGAUCUCUCUGGCGUCGCAUGUUUUCAUCGAUUUGUCAUCAGUGGUCACACUCCGUCAGUGAAAAGAGGUAGUGAGAUCAUGAGGAAAAUGAUGAGGAAUAACAAUAUCAGGGCCUCGAGGGCUCUGUUCACAGCCCUUGCAUUUCUGGGUCUGAUUUGGUUCUUGUUUUCUGGGAUCCACGCGAGCCUCGCGGCCAAGAGCGCGAAAGUGACGGUCCCGGUUCCGCCCUCCGUCCAAGUUUCUGGCCGGACAAAGCCGCUCGGGAGGGAAAGAGAGGCGGCUUACUGGGAUUUAGAUCUCAAUUAUGUAAUCAGGCGAAGAGUCCCGAGCGGACCUGACCCCAUCCACAACCGGAGGGCAGUGAUAUAUAGACAACCACCAGGAGCUUGAAAGGAGACAGAAAAUCAAGCUGCAUGUCCGAUUUUUGCGAGAGUCUUGCUCUAUCGAAGACUGACGGAAUCGGAAGUCGUGAUUUUUCUACUAUGCACUGCUAUGACCGAAGUUGUGAGCUGAGUAUAUGUAAAUGGCAAACAGCACAUGUUCUUGUGGUAGGAUAGCUUUGCAAUGAAAGGAUUUGCCGUGUAGUUCUGCUUGGAUUUGUAUCUGCAGAGUUAUUGAUUUUUGUGCAAUUCAUGAAUGUGAAUUUUUCUUCCGCAA